AUAGAUCAUUGAAACGGGAAAAAAAUCAUGAAAAUGAAGGGACGGAAAUGAUCGAGGGGUUCCGAACCAUCGCUGGCUCAGUCGGAUUCAUCGAAUAACGCAAUUUUCUCUGCGGAGAUGAAUCACUAUUAUAUCAUCUAUCGCUCUCCCUAAGGAUCCCACAAAAGAAACUUUUCGAGAAGAAAGAGAUUAAGCUAUCAUUAUGACUGGAACGAACGGAAAUGGAAAUGGCAACGGCAGCGCCGUUGUCGGAACAAGUACUGUGAAGCAGGGUCUUGCACAGAUGCUGAAGGGUGGAGUCAUCGUAAGUUUCCGGUUUUCUUCAUUUCUUUUCGUGCGCAACGCCUUUCCGAACUGAAAUUCAUGUCGUCACAUUUGGAUUCAAAGCAAUAUUAUUACGCGGAAAAAUCUUGUGAAUCUAAUGAGAGAACAUCAAUCCCCUGCUUUGCACGCUCGCAAUUUCGCAUAAAACUGUUGUCGUCGAAUGAUUCGUGUCUUCUUACCUUCCGCCGCUGGGUUAUCCUUUGCUAUUUCACCAUACUACAUGCGCAUAGAUGGAUGUCAUGAAUGUUGAGCAAGCCAAGAUUGCCGAAGCUGCCGGUGCUGUCGCUGUAAUGGCAUUGGAACGCAUCCCGGCCGAUAUUCGUCGUGAUGGCGGUGUAGCAAGAAUGUCUGAUCCUUCUCUGAUCCAGGAAAUCAAAAAUGCUGUCACCAUUCCAGUCAUGGCUAAGGCUCGCAUUGGCCAUUUUGUUGAGGCACAGAUCCUCGAAGCUUGUGAAGUUGACUACAUUGACGAGAGUGAAGUACUCACUAUGGCCGACGACGUCCAUCACAUCGACAAAACUCAGUUCAGCGUGCCUUUUGUAUGUGGAUGCCGUAAUCUUGGAGAGGCCCUUCGACGAAUUGCCGAAGGAGCCUCCAUGCUUCGAACCAAAGGGGAGGCAGGUACUGGAAAUGUUGUAGAGGCUGUCCGUCACGCCCGACAGGUCCAAGGCGAUAUCCGACGUCUUCAAACCAUGAGCAAGGAUGAGCUCUUCGUCGCAGCGAAGGAGCUUCGUGCCCCAUAUGAUCUCGUCAAGCAGAUUGCUGAGGAUGGCAAACUCCCAAUUGUCAAUUUUGCUGCAGGGGGUGUCGCCACUCCUGCUGAUGCCGCCUUGAUGAUGCAACUCGGUGUGGAUGGCGUCUUCGUUGGUUCCGGAAUUUUCAAGUCGGCUAAUCCUGAAGCUCGCGCACGCGCUAUCGUACAAGCGACAACUCACUACAAGGACCCCAAGGUAUUGAUGGAUGUGUCUACGGGUCUUGGUCCCGCCAUGGUUGGAAUUUGCGACAUCAAAGGAGAUCCUGUCAACUUCCGUGAUCGCGAGGGUGGUGAAUACACAUACAGUGGAAAGGUUCCUCCAAAGAAGGAAUUGAGUGGGUACACAGAGACCCAGAUGUACGGUUCAUCGUGGAACAACUAGACACGAAAUCAGAUGAUACAAUUUAAUUUGGAUGUCUGACUGAAAAUUCCUAUGCACACACUUCCAUAGAACUUCAUAGAUAAUAAUCAGAUAUUGAAGAA